CGGGCAACAACGUUCACCGCGCGCGGCUCUCAUCCUAGUAACGGACUCAGCACACUCCGUGCCACACAACACGUGUGACCAAGCACGAAACGGUACCCUGUGUCUUGAGGAGCCUCACAAUCAUUGUAUCGAUCUCGAGUCUUUAAGGAAAUUAGGCGAUCAACAGUUGUGGAAAGUCCUUGGAUUACGUAACCAUUCAUUCCUGGUAAAAAGCGUACGUACACAUCCGACAAUUGUCAGCACCGACAGGACUAGGCAUACAGCGUCACACAAGUGUUACCGUUAUGCCAUGGCCCGGGAUGAACCAAAUCGGAAGAGGAAAUGAACUCAGUCACGUGGAAAGCUAAAUCACCACAAAGGUUUGUAAGAGGGCACAGUGAAAUGUCAACGGAGUCAGCAUCAGUAUCAAGCGUGCACUGAGGUACGGCGGGAGUGUGUCGGGAGACUCCGUCAACAAUCAGGUGUACUCGGGACAAAAUGGGAACACGUGCCACCAGAUAGAAAUAUGCACUGUGAUAUAUCCUCUACUUAUCUACCCUACACUCGUAGUUGGAAUUAUAUUUAUGUCGAUGUAGUAUAAUAGAUGUUCAUGUUUCUAUGAACUGUAAAAUUACAAUCGUUGUUGGAACUGCAUCUGUGUCAAACUAGUAGAGAAAUUCAUAUUCUCAUGAACUUUGGCUGAAAAAGUUUUCCUCGCUACAUCUGGCGUAAUUUUUGCCACAGAACUUAUACCGAAAGUGAGAUUACCACCUCGUGGAUGUUUUGAUUGAGAAUUGUGAUUUAUCACGCAACAAGGAAAGGGAACAUAUGACCUAAUAUGUAACUACAAACUAUAACAACAUAUUUCCUAUAAAUAUAGUAAUCGAAACGUGUAUUGAUUUUGACUGAAAGUGAGUGGACCAGUUCUAGGGGAAUUUAUAUUAGUUUGAUUGACGAAAUUUUCCCAUUAACCAACUGGCUUGUACCGUAUACGUUUUAUUAAAUAUAAUUUAAGCUUUUUUCUUAUCAACCAAACAUCUAAAACAACAUGGAUUUCGCAAGCUCCAAUAACGUACUUCGUGUCUUUUGCUGGUGUGUGAUUUGGAUGUUGGGGCCAUCUCCAAUUUCUUAUGUGAAUUCCCAAAGACCAUCUCUGGGGCUAAAAAUUCUUAUGCCGGAUUUAUUCAAAAUGCAAGAACCAGUGAGAAAAGCCAUCCAGAUGGUAAGGACUUCCUCCUUUCGUCGGCGACAAAUCAGGUCUCUUAAGCUUGAUAUUCAGAAAUCGGACAUUGGUGACAAUCCGUCGGAGAUAUUUGAAUUGUUUUGCUCCAAUAUUUUACCCAAUCAAAUCAACACAGUGUUGUAUCUGACGUUAAAAGACGACUCUGGCUUCAUCAGACUCACGGAUUAUAUGAACAACAUCAUACACGAUAUAGGCCUACCCCUACUAUCGUGGAACCCCUACCUGACUGGUCCAAUACAGAACCAGGUAAAGUCACGCACCCUUCAACUGUCCCCCACUUUAUACCACGAGGCUCAGGUCAUCAUAGAGCUACUCUACCGAUACAACUGGACACAUUUCACCAUCGUGACGUCAUCAGAGGUCAACAGCUUUGACUUUAUCAAUGCCGUGACGUCAUUGGUGAAACAGAAUAAUGAUUACUUAGGAUACCCAAGAAAACCCAGGUUAACUCUGGUGACGACACUGGUGUACAGCGGAAGUUACGACAUAGAUCACGUGGAUGAAGAGACAAGGGAUUUUCUAAAGGAAAAUAAUCACAAAGACUCGAGAGUUUACCUUCUACACACUGGUCGGUUGCACACCUACAGUUUUAUGGACGCGGCCCAGGACCUAGGCCUUGCGGGACCGGAUUACCUGUGGAUACUGACGUCAUCCAGUAUAGGCAGCCCAUCCCGUACCACCAAACUACCACUCGGUGUAUUCGGUAUCACGUAUAGGGGUGAGUACGGCUCAGACCUAGAGUCUGCCCUGGUGGCCAACGUAACGAAGAAUGCUAUCGAGGCUUGGAUGGACGCCAUGCAGAAGAUGAGCAGCUUGGGUUACAGCAUGGACCAGCUACAUCCGGGAGUUUCCUGUAACAACUCCAACAGCUCCACCACGUGGGAUGUAGGAGAGGAAUUAUACAAUCAGAUGCUGGGCGGGGAUGCAGCAGGAUCGGACUCCGAGUACCCGAUAGAGUUCAAUGACGUCGGUCUCAACAAAUACGUCCACUUACAGAUCCUUAACGUACAGGAAGUCAUGUACAGGGGGCGCCCUCGAGGGCGGCUGACGGAGGUCGGUCGUUGGUCCCCAGUCGUGACCAAAGUCAGAUACACCAAGAAGAUUGAAAUGAAGCUAGAGAUGCAAGGUAUUACGUGGCCAGGAAAAAUGCCGUUUCCGCCCAAAGGUCGACCGGAAAGGCGCUUCUUUAGGAUCGCGACACUGGAGGAGCAACCGUACGUCAUGUAUAAGGAUCCGGACAACUCGACGGGCGACUGUGGCCCACCUUCUAUCCCAUGUCGCCUCGUCUACAACGAAACCAUCCAUGGUAAGAAUGACAGCACGCUGUUUAACGGAACCGUGGUCCGGUGUUGUGCCGGACUUAGUAUCGACCUCCUCAACAUCCUUAGCGAAAAGAUGGCGUUUGACUUCGUUCUGUUUGAGGUGGCAGACCGAAGCUUUGGCGUUCAGAAUGAAAUAACAGGUGAAUGGAACGGCCUCAUCCGGGCCCUUCUAGACCGGCAGGCCGACAUGGUACUCACCGCCCUCCAGAUGACACCCAAACGGAACCAGCUGAUCGAGUUCUCUAUGCCUUACCUGGAGACUGGUACAACAAUCGUCGUGUCCCUUCGGAAGGGCGCCAUCUCUCCUACCGCCGUCCUAGAGCAUGCGUUCUCCCUGUUCCGUUCCUUCUGGUUGAUAUGGGCCAUGCUGUUUGGAGCGUCCGUCUCGGCUGACAAUCCACGAGGGUGCGCUAGCCGUUUCCUGGCCAACGUGUGGGCACUGUUCGCCCUGGUUUUCCUGGCAAGUUACACAGCUAACUUGGCCGCUUUUAUGAUCACCAAGGAAGUCUACUAUGACCUGUCAGGCAUCAAAGACUGGAGGUUAACGAAUCCACACAGCCACAAACCGCCCUUCAAGUUCGCCACCGUCCCUAAUGGGAGUACAGAGGAAAACCUGAGACAGAAUCACCCAGAAAUGUUCAGCUACAUGAAAAAGUACAACCAGCCGUCAGUUCGGGAAGCCGUGAAAGCCUUGAAAAAAGGAGAGAUACAGGCGUUUAUCUAUGAUGCCACACCUCUGGAGUACCAGAUAGGUAUAGAUGCUGACUGUCAUCUCAUAUCCGUGGGCAAAUGGUACGCCAUGACGGGAUACGGUGUCGGCUUUCCUAGGGGGUCGGGCUUCCUAGUCGAGGAGGUCAACUCUUAUCUGCUAGAUCUACAGGAAUACGGAGAGCUGGAUAGGCUACGGAAGUUCUGGUUGGCAGGCGCGUGUCACUCCAAACAGAAGAGAAAGCAGAACAGCCACCAGCUAGGCAUACUUAAUUUUACCAGUGCUUUUAUCCUCCUGGCAUCAGGAAUCGUCCUAGGGGGUAUUCUACUUAUAUUGGAACACCUUUACUUUCGAUUUGGCAGGAAGUGUCUGAAACAAUACGACAAAUGUGGAUGUUGUGCAUUAGUUAGCUUAAGUAUGGGGAAAUCGUUAACGUUUGAGCAGUCUGUCAUGGAGGCCUUAGAUUACACGAAGAAGCACAGAUGUAAAGACCCAAUCUGUGAGACCCAGAUCUGGAAGGUCAAGCAUCAGUUAGAUAUCGCUCUCUUGAAGAUCGACAAACUAAACAAGGACAUGAAGUCAAGAAAUGGAAAGACAUCUUCACCUUUAGCAAUUACGGCUUCCGGUGAAAAUCAGGAUCCUAUAAAUGCAAAGAAUGAGGACAGUAGUGAUCCAAUCGGAAAGAAAAAGCGGGAAGCUGAAGAAGAUGCGAUACGAGAAAAGCAGCGAGCACUGGAGGACUUGUAUGCAUCGCGCACAGAUGACGAAGAAGCGGAUGAUGUGCCUUAUGCAAAUGUGGACCGACAGGAAAACAACGUUUCACCUGAUCCGGAAGUUGAAAAUGACAAUAUUAGGUCACAUGAUAGAAGCAUGCGGCGGUCUCCAAGUUACAAUCAAGCCGUGGCAACAGCCACUGAAGGAUCAAGUGUGGCCUCAGACGCAAACCAAGGUCUGAAGCAAAGAAAACUGAGCGAUGGUAAAUACUACUCCAGUGUAAACAACGAGGAGGUAUGAUGUCAGCACUUGUAAGAGGAUUGUAUAAUUAGAUCAGAAUAGGCUGAAAAAAAGUCAUCUCGAUUUCUAGUGUACAGUGAUAUUUUUAUAACGUUUUCUGUAUAAACCGUUAGUAGAUUAGCGUGGUUGUUUGUGUAGGUCGGUUGUGUAUGUAAUGAGUUUGUGAGGGUAAUCUAGAGGGUUAUCAUGCGUACGAAGGUAUGUAGUCUAGCCAAUGAACUAAAGCGCAGUGUAACUGUUCAAUAUAUAAUUUCACUCGGUAAUAUUUUCAUUUAGAAAUCAAAUCAUUGUAUCGAAAUUUAUUGUCUAUGUAAUGAUGAUGAUUGUGCUGAACUUGUACAAUGACCAAGCUGUCGUUUGAGAUGUUGCUAUCUUCCAGGUUACAUAGUUGAUAUUCCUACUUUGAAGAAUAAUAUAAUCGGUCACGCCUGUGUGAUGCACACAGAGAAACUUUAACCUAAGUGUAAGAUUUUGUUUUAAGUUAGCAAGAUGUUUUGCCGAUUGCUGAACUUUAAACAAAUCUAUCCCUCGGGUUGCGAUUUCUUUGUCUGUAAUGCACGGGAGUAAUUGAUUAUAUUACUCCCGCUAUAUUAAGUUGUAUCGGUGGACUCGAUGUUUAGCACCAUCAUCAAGAGCGCAUGAAAUGUGCGACAAAAUGGAUGAAAUUACCCUGGCUAAACUAAACUACAUGUAGAAAUAACGCGACGGUGUCUUUUAGAAUCAUAACGCGUGUCUCUCCUUGGUAGAUAAAGACAUGUACAUCUUUCCCGUGGCAAGCAUGGGAAUCGGAGUACACCUGUGCAGUGUGGGAAACAAGUAUAUCUAAGUUAUCUUAUUACAGUCAGUCAAGACCUAUUGAUCAUUUAAAAAAUUGCGAAAGCGAUCUUUUUUUUUAAAUGAUAACAACCAAUAAAGCAUCCCAAAGCAGUAUUAUACAAUUACAAUGCACGUGUAUAAAUCUUACAUAUAAUACCGGCACAGAUACACAGUAUACAUGUGUUUCCCUAGUAUGUGAAACAUUGUUAUUUUCCCAUGAAUUCAAUCAUGUUUACUUGGCGAGAACAUGUGAUAUAUCUAGUCCAAUCAGAUACGCCGUUACAUUGACGUCUCACGAUGACUAUCAUUAGUUAAAUAUUUCUUUACAUCACAUCAUUAAUCCUUAUAUUUACACAUCUGAACAGAUAAACGUGUGAUACGUAAAUGCUGUUGCAAUAUCGUAGUCCUCUGUUGACUUUAGACGUCAGUGUCAGUGCUUUUCUUGUUUCCAAUACUCUUAUUGAAAAAGACAAAUUUACAAGAGGUCAAAAUCAAAAUACCGGUGCUUUUUGUGGAUAUCUAGUUAUUUAUACUUACGGUCAUAUGCUUUUUUUUUUGUACACUUGUAAAGAAAAAAAGUUUUUAAAAUUAUGACGUACAAUACACAGACGAGACGGUUAAUCUUAUAAAGGAAUGCAUUAUGUAUAGUUAUUUUUGUACAUAAAAACGUGGAAAAGAACAAUAGAAGGGUUGUUAAAUACAAUUAAUUUAUAUCGAUAUUUAGCGUGUAGUCCAAAGCUGUACCAAAGAAUUAACACUUAUUGAGCGUGUAACACUCGCAUCCAUGUCAAUACUACGAUUCAUUGUUUGAUCAGAACGUCACCGGUUGGUAUGCAUAUUAAACUUUGGUGUGUGUGUGUGUGUGUGUGUGUGUGUGUGUGUUA